GCCUUGCCUGCCCCGCCAACUCGUUGUACAGCGUGCUCGGCCGUUUUCCACUUUACUGUAUCCAUUAUUUGCCUGAUUCUCUGGCAUCUAGAUGGGGUUUGCUAGCAUGGAAUCGCAACGGAUGGAGAGAGCCAACCAAGAGCGAAUUCGACAUACUCGAAACAUCUCUCAAGAUUCAACAGCUUCCAUCAGUAGUGACCACUUGACUUCUGAACAUGGCACAGAACACUACUUCCAGCAAGUGUCAUCUACACGAUACAAACAUCAACAUACGGCGAUCAACAUGCAGCUCAUCGAAGCGACACGGAUUGUUUUAUUCGCCUUGUCUAAUAUUCAUAGAGGUAUUCGGCAGUGCCUGAGCUACACGGCUAAUGAAAAACUGUCAACUGCUUUUGGCCGUGCAUUAUAUGAGUCGGAUGCAGCCACACAGUCCCUCAUACAAGUUCUAGAUAGAAUGGACCAUGCCACUCCACAAAGAGCUGGAUCAUUAUCCAAUGAACUGGUAGCCGCAGCUGGGUCAGCCGUCACGUCAAUACGAAAAAUCAUUCAAUUACUUCAAAGUCAACUCAAGACAUUGAUGCAAGCGUCCGAUAUCAUGUUUACUCGAAACCUUUUACUUCAUAUUCAUGGAGCAGCAAGUAAUGUCCGCAUUGCUUUCGAAACCAUCUCGGCUCUACCCAGUUACAAUAAUGCCAGUACACCGAAAACAGCAUUUGCCCCUUCUCCAUCCCGUAGCACUCACAAAUCUCCCGCUACAUCAUACCCUCCGGUCCCUCCUCCAUUGCAAUCCACCUCAUCCACACCUACUAGCUCGCACGCCCUACCGCAGGCCGGUGGCGGCUUUUCUGGACCCGUGCCGGAAAAGGUGGCAAUUAUGAAUCGAGGUCGGUCUCACAGUGAACAUUCUACCUCCACUAUGCAAUCCUUUGCCCUCACUCCACAAACUAGCUGGGAACGAGAUUUACAGCUAUAUAAUCAUAUUAAUAUUGCCACCGCUGCUGUCCUCAAUGUUGUGGAUUUGUUAAAUUCCUGCUUUGAACACUCACCUCUCCCUGAUGGCGCACCAGCAGCUUUUGAAAAGCGCUUUAAAGACCUAUUACGACAAGUACAACAUGCUGCUGAUAUGAGUCGACGGUUACAAAAUACUCUACAAACUGUCAUUGCGUCACGGAGUACAGACGGCAAUGAAAGUUCUGUAGCACCCAACAAGGAGCAUUCACGCAAGUUUUGGGAAGAUACCAAUGCUUGUUUACUGGCCAUCGUCUCCAUGAUGACUCUGGUCAAAGCAGUUGCAACACAAGAGGACUACAGUUUCCCUAAAUCUGUUAAGCAGGGCCUUUCCCAGGUCACGCGUGUUACGGCAGAGGUAGCACGAUUGUGGAGUAACAGUUCUUUUGCUGAAGAAGGCUAUUACCUUGGAUAAGCCGUGCACGUGAUUCGCAUGUGAAAGUGAUAGCCCAUUGAAUUGAAAUAUGGCCAGCGCCCGUCCCCUUUUUUUUUUU